CGAUUAUAUUGCCACGACGCUCUCCAUUCUGUCCGAGCAAAGCAAGACGCCAGAAACUUGCAAACAACUAGCCAGAAACCAGUCGAAAGCCAGUCUCAGGGCUGUCGUGCUCGCCCAAGAUGCCUACCGAGUUCAUCAGCUUGACAUUUCCCAAUGCUUCCACGGAGAUCAACCCGAUCCCGGGUGCCGGUAUUGAUCCUGCUUACCUGGUUCGCUAUGCCCGGACGCUCGAUGACUACGACUUCAACUACACUCUUGUGCCAUAUGAUUCUUCCUCCUAUGACCCUUUUACCAUAGGCGCCACUAUUGCCGCCGCCACCAAGAACCUCAAGAUCAUCAUCGCACUGCGUCCAAACACGCUUUAUCCAACCGUCGCUGCGAAAGCACUAGCCACGCUUGACCAGAUUAGUUCAGGUCGAGCCGUUGUACACUUGAUCGCCGGCGGGAGCGAUGCUGAGCAAGCCAAGGAGGGCGACUUCCUACCCAAAGACCAGCGCUAUGCCCGACUCGAGGAGUACAUCCGCAUCCUGCGUCGCGCCUGGCAGUCCGCAGAACCCUUUGACUGGGAUGGCACGUUCUAUCAGUUCAAGCAAUUUUCCAACCGCGUUCGUCCCGUCAAUGGUACCGGCAUCCCAAUCUCAGUCGGUGGCUCAUCGGAGGAAGCAUACCGGAUUGGAGGCGCCUUGGCCGACAUCUUUGGCCUCUGGGGCGAGCCUCUGAAAGAGACCAAGGAGCAAAUUGACCGCAUUUACCAAGCAGCUGCUCGAGCUGGCCGCCCCAAUUCAGACCGUCCUCGCAUAUGGGUCACCUUCCGGCCCAUCAUUGCUGAGACAGAUGAACUGGCUUGGCAAAAGGCAUAUCACACACUGGAUGUUUUGAAGGCGAAUCAGGCCCGUGUUUCGGGAGGAGGAAGCCAGGCGUCCGACAGCAAAGCGCAAGUUCGAGCCCCCACACCGCAGAACGUGGGCUCUCAGCGGUUGCUAGAGAUUGCUUCACGUGGAGAUGUUCAUGACCGUGCGCUCUGGUAUCCCACCGUCACUGCUACCAACGCUCGCGGCGCAUCGACCGCUCUUGUGGGAUCCCCUCAGACUAUUUCUGAUUCGAUCCUCGAAUACAUUGAUCUCGGAGCCGAGCUCAUUUCCAUUCGUGGCUAUAACAACUUGGACGAUGUCAUUGACUACGGACGCUAUGUUCUCCCAAAGGUGCGCAGCGCGUUGCAGAAGCGCAAGAACGAGGGGGUAGAUUCUGCGUAGAGAUAUUGUGGCUUGCCAACUGUUACCUAUCAGACAGACUGACAAACAUAACGUUAAUGAUAGUCCUUUCCAUCACUGCAUUCACUGCAGGGUUUCUCCGUAGUGACAAUGUCUUUGUUGAGUUGGGUAAAGCGAAAGAGGCGUUCAAAUGCCAGCAUCACUAUGAAAAUUCCUUGCUCGCUCGUCUGUCGAUGUAACACGACCAAGACUGCGGACGACUGAAGUCAUGCCUUUUGAGGUCAUUCCCAGUCUUGAUUCUUAU